GUUUCAUCUCGCUGUAUUAGAUGCCAAUGUCAGAAUGUCUCGUUGUCAUAUUCUAUCCAAGGCAAAGUCAAAAAGGAAAGGAACAUGUGCAAAAGUCGAAUGCAAGUGCGACAGGAACAUCUGUUUCUGCGAAACCCUGCACGCACCGUUCACAGACAAACUUCCAGAGAAUCUCACUCCUGGCACCUGCAUCGUCAUCGACGGUUUGAUCAAAGAAGACUGCCCUAGAUUCGCCAUCAAUCUAGCUUGCUCGGAAGAAGGAGACGUCGGUCUGCACAUAAACCCACGUCUGUUUCAGAAAUUCAUCUCGAGAAAUUGCCGCAUAAAUGGCAAAUGGCAAGUACCAGAAGUAACGUCCAUUGCGAAAUUCCAAUUGGCGAGGAACCAAUCUUUCCGAAUGAGUAUCCUGAUCACCACCAAAGAAUUUCUCAUAGCCAUAGACGGUAAACACUUCUGUGGAUACGUAUUUCGUUUCUCUCCCGAACAUCUGCAGAUUCUUCAAGUGUUAGGAUCCAUCAAAGUUCUCAAGGUGGACUACCAAGAUCUGGAAGAAUAUCCUCCAGAGUUUCCCACGGUGGUUCCAGUAGUUUUGACGAUGGGGAAGAACUUAUUCGCAGCAAGCGGUGGCGAGGUGGACCUUCCUCUGGCAGCUUUCCUUGCUAAAGGUUUCAGGAAGGAUUUUCAGAUCGAGAUAAACGGCAAAAUCAAGAUGCAUCCUUGUGGAUUUUUCUUGAAUUUGCAGGAGACUUCACGUGUUUGGCCGUUGCCCAACUUACAUUUGCACAUCAAUUUCAUUUUCAAUGUCAAGCAAGGAAAACACUCGGUGCUGGUGAAUUCGAGGAUUGACGAAGUGUGGCGUGAUGCUGUUAUAGUACCAAGAUUAUAUUUACAACCUACUUCUGUUUUCAACAUCGCCAUUCACAGGUCCAGCGAAAACUUCAUCAUCUGGUUGGACGGGGAAUUAUUGGAUAUGUUCGAGAUUGCGACCACUAAUGUUGAUUUGAUUGACACCUUAUACAUCCAGGGGGACAUCUCUAUCUAUCCACCAAUGAAUAUAACUAUAAGAAAAUGACUCGUGUGCAUGAUUAUUUUGCUGUUACUGUUGAAUGCUGAAUCAUCUGAGUCACAUGUUGGUCAAUGAUUCAAUGUCCACAUUUGAACCAGUUGGACCAGUGAUUCUGAUUUCCCCUGUAUAUGUUAUUUUGGAAAUGAGUAGUGGAGAAAUUCCUAGUAUAACGG